UUUUUCCCUGCUUUUUCCGAUCAAAAAAUUCUGGGUUUUGUCCUAAUUGCGUCGUUGUUCAUCCAGGUUCAAAUCUCAGUUUCUUUUUGAUCUCUCGUCUUUGAUCAGAUUCCAAUCAUGCAUUCGAUUUUUUCCGGUACUCGUCUAAGGGACAUGAUCAGAUCCAUAAGAGCGUGCAAAACAGUUGCGAAGGAGCGUGGCGUUGCGAGGAAAGAGUGUGCUGAUAUCAGAGCAUCCAUCAAUGAAAACGACCCUCACGAUAGGCACAGGAACCUCGCCAAGCUCAUGUUCAUACACAUGCUGGGCUACUCGGAGAAGAGGAUUGGUUAUCUCGGGCUGAUGUUGCUUCUUGAUGAGAGGCAGGAAGUGUUGAUGCUCGUCACGAAUUCAUUAAAACAAGAUCUUAACCACAGGAACCAGUAUGUUGUAGGGCUCGUGCUCUGUGCUUUAGGGAAUAUUUGUUCUGCAGAAAUGGCUCGUGAUCUUGCGCCUGAAGUAGAGAGAUUGAUCCAGUUUCGUGACCAUAACAUCCGUAAGAAGGCGGCACUUUGCUCCUCUAGAAUAGUGAGGAAAGUUCCAGAUCUUGCAGAGAACUUUGUAAAUGCUGCUUCUUCCUUGCUGAAAGAAAAGCAUCAUGGGGUUCUUAUAACAGGAGUUCAACUUUAUUAUGAACUAUGCACGAUAUUACUAAUAGCGCAUAUCAGCCAGAGUAUGAUGUUGCAGGGAUCACAGAUCCUUUUCUUCACAUACAGUUACUUAAGCUCCUGCGUGUUUUAGGCCAUGGUGACGCUGAUGCCAGGAUUUGAUGACUGAUAUACUUGUCCAGGUUAGUCGUAAUUUAGAAAGUGAUUUUGGAUAUGGCUCACCAUUUUCACAUUUGCAAUGUAAUUCCCGUGGAACCAUAUAUGCUAAGACUUUUUUUAUAUAUUAA